GAAACUGCGACCACGACAUUGGUCGUGGCCUCGUUGGGGAAGAAGUAGUCAAAGUCACCCGCAUCGAUUGGGACACGUUCUUCUUCAUCAACCUAAUCGAAUCUUUUAUCCUCUCUUCGAUCCCAACAUCGAUAAAUUAUUAUUACCAUUUGCGGCGUUGUUGAGUGAUCUCCGCGACUAUGGAGAGAUCAGCGUCGGUGGGUGUUAACGACGGCCGUUUUGGUGGCAACCAAUUCUAUUCGCCAUCUUUCUCUUCUUCUUCUUCUUCUUCUUCCAUGAGACAUGUUAAUUACAGUUGUGGAUCUUGUGGGUAUGAACUAAACCUGAGCUCCACGAAUCGAAUCACAUCGACAAUCGGAUCAAAGUACGGUAAAUCCAUGAAGAGUGGGAUCAUAUCUUUCUUCAACAUCGACGAGGGAAGAUUCAGUCAGGUCGAUGAGUUCCAAUGCAUGCCUCACUUCUCUAGAUACUCUUGGGGUUUGUUUCGACACAGAACGAAGCUUCUAUGUCGCAAAUGUAAUAAUUAUAUCGGCAAUGCUUCUCAGGAGAAGGCUCCUGAGUAUGCACUUGUUACACAAAACUCGGAUCCGACAUCGCCUAGGAUUGGUAGUGUUACGAAGUACGAUAUCAGAAUCCGCUCGCUUCAACCUUCUUCUGCGGUCGCUUUGCUGUGAGUGCUUCUUCUACUACUGUAUAUACCCGCCGAUAUUCUAAAUCUUCUUCGGAGUUUCGGAUUUAGAUCUUCGAUGAAGUGUUUGUUAUCGGCUUGGUACUGUUUUGAUAAGGUUGGUUUGGCUUUUCAGUUGUAUAGUAGUAACAACAAUUUGCCUUAUGUUUCUUGCUCAAAUUCAUAAUUGGUGUUUACCAAUUUUAUUGUCGAAAAGCUGUGUACAACAAUUCAAAUACUGUAUUUCAAGUGUAAUGUAAAACAUUUUAUC